AUGCAACUCAGUCCUUUACAAUCGCGACUCGUAGCGUCGUUGGCUGCUACUUUGUGUCUCGUGGCACUCUACUUGUUGCUUUCAUCUCCAAGGGGGGCACUCGCCGCUGAGCUUUCUCCUGGCUCGCCGUCAUGGAUGGACUUGGCCGUCCUCGACAAGGACAAUGUCGAACUACAAACCUCGUCGACGUACGAUCCCAUAUUUGGCCUCUUCAGUCGCAGUAUACUCGGGCGAGCACAGGAUAUGACGCCCCUCGAAAAUAACAAGCCACUGGCAUUGAACCUCGACCCGGGUUCCGCACCGAUAUGCUACGUUAUCAAAAAGGGCUCUCUGGCGCCGAUUGCUUCAAAGGGAGACCAGAAAAGGCAGGCCGAUUCUGAAGGCGGGGGCAGCAGCGGAAACAUCGCCAUUUUUAUAUCUGCGAACACCUGUUUCCAACCCACGACCAAGGCCGACAAAAAGGUCACGACUCCUCCACAAAUGACCUUGCUUGUAUCUAACCAAACAGACGCGGGAUGCCCGCAAAUCACGAGUACCUCUAGUGGCGCCGAAGCCAAAGGAUUUACCUCCAGAGCCUUUCAUGAGGGUGCUGUGACGUUGAGCAUCAACGCCACCAAUGAUGUCUAUGUUGCGAUAUAUGCGCCCAAGGUAUCUGACGAUUUUGAAGGGCGCUAUAAUUUUGAAAUCGCGGUAUCCAACAGCUCAUACUUUCACCAAUACCAAGAGACCGGCGGCGCAGAGCUCCUUUGGAUGGACAGCGACUCAACCUCAGCUUUGCUUGUUACUCGAAAUCUGACUGACGAGUCCACUGAAAUUCGACACGUCAUGGGUGGAAUCCCGCCUUAUGAGCUGUAUGUGAGCGGUGCAGAUGCGCAGUAUCUGAAUGGGAUGCGCCGCUCGGCCUGCGGAUUGCAAAAGAAUGCGCUCAUUGGGACGAACCAGCAAGGCAAUGCGAAAAACAACAGCAUGGUCAAGACGGCCAUGACCCUCAGAGGACCAGGAGGCUUGCCGAAACAACAGUUUUAUGUUGUGGGCCUCAACGCGACGUCGGCGUAUAGUGGCGUGAUGAUAAAGCCUGCCAAUGUGACGGUCAAUGCAAAACGGGACGAAGCCGACGGUAGCGUUCCAACAAGCCCAGGUAGCAUUGUCUACCAGGCCACCACGUUUCAGACCAAUGCUGCGCCGAACUGCAAAGUAGUGACAGAUCUGGAGUUCUGUGACGAAAUCCAGUAUGCUGUGCCUGGAAACGACGGGAAAUAUAACAACACUGAGCUGGCAAAGGCCUACGACAACUAUGCCAAGGAAAUGUAUGACAAUUUUCUCAAAGCCAUGAUGCAAGUAGCAUGCGAGACGGAUAGGACGUCAAAAUACUCGCUGGCUAGAGAUUGCAGUGACUGCAAACGAGCAUACAAGCGAUGGCUCUGCACCGUCAGCAUUCCACGUUGCGAAGACUUCCAGGGCGAGUCGCAAUUCAGUGUGAUCCGCAAUGUUGGCCAGUCUUUCCCCAACGGCACAAUGCUAGCCACCGAUGUCCGAGCGAACCUGGCAACGAUUCCAUCUCAGAAUACAUCACGAAAUGGAUUUAUUGACACAACGAUUCAGCCCGGACCAUACAGGGAAAUCAUGCCAUGCGAGGACAUUUGCUAUCAGGUUGUCCAGAGCUGUCCGUCAAAACUUGGCUUCAAUUGUCCGCAACCAGGCAUGUACGGCUUCAACGUGAGCUAUGGAAAACGAGAUGGGGACAGUUCAACCGUGUCGUGUAAUUUUCCAGGGGAAGCGCGAACACCUAUCAGUGGAGUUGCAGCAAUUAUACCCAACCUGACGCUUUUGAUGGGUGUUUUAGCCCUGUCAGUGGACAACAACAUCGUUGGACGUCUCGCAUUGGUGACUGGCGCAACAGGAGGCAUCGGUUCAGCGUGUGCCAGAGCCCUCGCCGCAGAUGGCUGUGACGUUGUCCUUCACUACUCAUCCAGCCUUGACAAAGCAGAAGAUCUAGCCCAGCAGCUCCGAGAGCGUCACCCAGAACAACUCUUCACCAUAGCCCGCGCUGAUCUAACCUCCCGGGAAGCGACGCGCCAACUCGUCCCCAACAUCCUCUCUGAUCCAGCCGUCAGCGCCAAACACAAAUCCAUCUCCAUUCUGGUCGCCAAUGCCGGCGUGGGCCGUCGCAUAAGAGACAUCAAGGACAUUGAGGAAGACGACUGGGACCACAUGCUGGAGAUUAACUCGCGGAGUCAGUUUGUCGUGACCAAGGCGUGUCUGCCGGCAAUGAGGGAGCAGCGCUGGGGCAGGGUGAUAUUGGUAGGCAGCAUUGCGAGUAAAGGGGGCGGCAUCAACGGGUGUCACUAUGCGGCGAGUAAGGGCGCAAUGACGUCGAUGGGCUUGAACUUGGCUACGGUUCUCGCCCCAGAAGGUAUCACGGUUAAUAUCGUCCAACCGGCCAUGAUAGGAGCCACGGGCAUGAUUCCCACACCAAAGGCAACAACGUGGGAAAGCAACGUUGACAAGGAAGAGCUUCGGACCACGGAUCCGGGUCUCGCUAUUGCUAGUAGCGUACCGGUUCACAGGCUGGGAACACCAGAGGAGGUGGGUAAUAUUGUGUCCAUGUUUGCGAGAACGGGGUAUAUGACGGGGCAGGAGGUGCUUGUUUCUGGGGGUUUGCGAUAG